AUGUGUGGCUGUAUGCACAGUACCCAGGACCAAGCACUCCACUUGGAAGGAGACCCCAGUCUUUCUGCAGCCCCAACAUCAUCCACUUUAGCACCUAGGAAAAUGCCCAAAAGCAUCUCAAUAUCCAAACAAUUGGCUUCAGUGAAAGCUCUCAGGAAGGGCUCGGAUCUGGAAAAAGCCAUUGCCACUAUCGCUCUGAUUUUCAGAAACUCUUCUGACCAUGAUGGUAAACUUGGAAAAGCUACUGCCAAAAAUCUGCUGCAAACCCAAUUUAGGAAUUUCACAGAGGGACAAGAAGCAAAACCAAAAUACAAAGACCUCCUUUCUGAACUCGACGAGCACACUGAAAAUAAGCUUGAUUUUGAGGAUUUCAUGAUUUUGCUCUUAAGCAUCACUGUAACUUCAGAGUUGCUACAAAAUAUAUGGAGUGUAAAAAUCAUGAAGUAAACAGAUUUAAAUAUUCAAUUAGGGCACCUGGGUGGCUCAGUCAGUUAAGCCUCCAACUUCAGCUCGGGUCAUGAUCUCAUGGUUCACAAGU